AUGGCCGACUUCCCCACCGGUGGGCGCCAUGUACUCCCUCCGGAAUCUUCCCCUGCUCCGGCUGACUGUCCGGGUCCCCUCUCCUGCCCAGGCUGGUUCUUCAUCAAGUCCGUCCACUCCAACAAGGUCCUCCAGCCACUCGCAGCCAGCUUCGAGCCAACCAGGCUCGUCGUCGUCGACCAGAAGCUCGGGCCCGAGGCCGCCGCCCAGCUCUGGAAACACGAGAACGGAUACCUGCUCAACAAGCUCACCGCCCUCUGCCUCGACUACGAGCACGGCAACUUCAAGCGCUUCGGCGAUAUCCAUGUCUGCCAAUGGCACCAGAAGGUCGGCAAGGAUGCCCACAACCAAAAGUGGCUGUACAGAACGAGCAACCUCAUCGCAUCCAACGACGACAUCAACCGGGUCCUCGACAUCAAGGGCGCAUCGAGCCAUCCCGGCGCAGAAGUCCUCCUCAAGAAGCUCGAGACCGUCAAGGGCGCCCACCCGGCCCACCAGCGAUGGCUGCUCGAAGUCAUCGACCAGGACGGCCUGCCCGACUCGCUGUCCACCUACCAGGGCGACCAGAUCCCAGGCGGCUAUGCUGCACCCGUCGAACAUGUCAAUCCAUGGGCGACUCUCGAGCCCUCGACGGAUGACGAACCAGGCGAGGCCCAAACUAGCUACUACUAA